AUGGGAAACCUCUGCCACCAGCAGCCCCCCGCGGCCCCCCGCCAGCGCGGCCGGAGGAAGGCAGGGCACGGCGCGGCUCUGCCGGGGUCCCCGCUCCUCCUCCUCCUCCUCCUCGCCUCCUCGGUGUCUGCUUCCAAAGGUGCACUGAUGCCAUCCCAAGCGCUCGAGGCAGAUGAGGAUUUGCAGCUGUGGAAAGAGAUAGACGAUGCAUGUUCUGCCUACCUGUCCAGAGAUUCUCAGCCUCAGGCAUCCAGUGCACUGGAAGAACUUUGUUUUUUCGUCAUGGGAUUUCUCCAGAAACCACAGGGUUUAGAUGAAAAAGACAACAACAAAAGGUUCUUAUUUCAUUAUUCUAAGACUCAUGACUCAGGCAACUCGGACAUCGUGUCGUCUGUCCUGCAUCCUUUGCUGCAACUCGUUCCCCAGCUUAAUGAGAGAAGACUGAAGAGAUACAAAGUGGACGAAGAACUUCAAGGACCUGGAGGGAUUCAAAGCAGAGGCUACUUUUUCUACAGGCCACGCAAUGGAAGGAGAUCAGUGGAUUUUCGCUGA